AUGGCGCUCACUCCGCAGCCAGUGGGUCAGAUGCUCAAGAAGCACUGUUUGAUCGAAGUCGCGAAGAUCGGCCAGGGCUCGUUUGGGCAGGCCAUCCUCUGCCACACGAGUGAUGGCUCAAAGGUCGUCUGCAAGGUGAUUGACGUGCGCCAGGCUUCUGUGAAGGAGAGACAGGAAGCUCAAAACGAGGGUCAACUAUUAGCUUCUCUCAAACAUCCUUACAUUGUGCGAUAUCGCGACAUGUUCAUUGACGAAGGGUGUCUCUGCAUCUUGAUGGCCUUUUGCGAGGGAGGGGAUUUGAAAUCAAAGGUUGAGGAGGCAUCUGUCUCCAAACGGCACAUUCCAGAAGACCAGAUACUCGUCUGGAUGUGCCAGGCCCUGCUGGCCCUGGCGUACGUGCAUAGCAAGCGCGUGCUGCACCGCGACCUCAAGUCGUCCAACUUCUUCCUCUCCAGAGGCGGCAGCCUGAAGAUGGGGGACUUCGGCAUCGCCAAGGUCCUGGGCAGCACCGCCGCGCUGGCGCAGACGAUGAUAGGGACGCCGCACUUCCUGAGCCCAGAGGUGUGCCAGGGCAGGCCUUACGCGUGGCCCUCCGACAUCUGGGCCAUGGGCUGCGUCAUGUACGAGCUCUGCGCGCUCCGCGUGCCCUUCAACGCGCCCGACCUCGUUCGCCUGGUGAACAAAGUCUGCCGGGGCCCGCUGCCGCCCAUCCCGGGCUGCUAUUCGAGCUUUGUCCGGCAGCUGCUGGGCGAGAUGCUGCACAGGUCGCAGGGCCAGCGGCCGAGCGCCGAGGCGAUCCUGCACCGGCCGCCGAUGCAGGCGAGGGUGCGGCGGCUGCUGGAGCAGGCGCAGGCGGCCCCCGCCGGCAGCAGCGGCAGCAGCGGCUCCGAGGGCCUCUCGGGAGGCCCCACGGCUGCCGCGCGGCGCCGCGUGGCGGCCUCUCCUCGCGGCCGGCCGCCGCCGCCGGCCUCGGCGCAGCAGCUCCGCGCGGAGGGGCCGCGGCCGCGGAGCUCCGAGCGGAGCUCCGCGCGGAGCUCCGCGCGGAGCUCGCGAAGCCCGUCGCCCCGUGCGGGCCCCGCCCGUCGCCCCGUGGGGCCCCGCCCACCCGGGGGGCGCCCCGCGGCGCCGUGUCGGAGGCUCCUCCGCAGGUGCCCCGGGGGGGACCUGGCGGUUGCGCCGCCGCAGCAGCGCCGCGGCGAGGCGGCCGCGGCGGCUGCGGCGCCCGCGCCGCUCGCCGAAGGGGACCUCACGAGGCUGUGCGCGGAGCUCGGUCUCGGCGCCGCCCGCGCGGGGCUCGGCGCCGCCCUCGCGGGCGCCGCGCCGCCCGCGCGGCGAGGCUCCGAGGCGGCGGGCGGCGCCGACGAUCCGUCGGUCACGGCGCUGCUGGAGCAGGAAUUGGAGCGCAUGGCUGCGGAGGAGGCCGCCCAUGGAAUCGGGCCGUUCUGCCCUGCCGCCCGCGGUGGUUGA